GUGGGGGUUCGGUAAGGAGUGAGGACGAGAGCCAGCUGGAGAGCGAUGGGAUUGUUCUGCCAUGGUCACAUAGGAUAAAUGGCAGUUAAUGAGGAGUGGAUUACUGUUUGCUGCUGCUACUUAUUGCUGCUGUUGUGCGGACCUCUCUCAGACUCGCUGCCCCCACUCUCCACGCCUCGAGCUGGCCAGCGCUCACGAUGGUUAGCGUUUGGAAGUUUGUACGCAAUUGCCGUCAGCUGGAGCUGCACCGUUUGAUCUUGUUGCUGAUUGCAUUCAGUCUGAUCUCUAUGUGCUUCUUGGCCUACUACGUGACAAACAGCCCAAAGAUUAAGGAGGCUCUGCCGCUGCCAAUUAGCGAUUGCAACAACCAGCACAGGACAUCGCUGCCAUCACAGUCUCUCAGGCGAUUCGUGCCUGCAGUCGACACGUCAAGGACCGACCCCGUGGUCCUGGUUUUCGCUGAAAGUAUUUAUUCCCAACUAGGUCAAGAAAUAGUGGCUAUUUUGGAGUCUAGCCGCUUCAAAUAUAGGAUAGAAAUAGCCCCUGGGAAAGGGGAUGUGCCAACCUUAACAGACAAAGAUCGGGGUCGCUAUGCCCUCAUUGUUUAUGAAAAUGUACUCAAGUAUGUGAACCUGGAUGCCUGGAAUAGGGAGCUGCUGGAUAAAUACUGUAUAGAGUACAGCGUUGGAAUCAUUGGCUUCUUCAAGGCCAACGAGAACAGCUUGCUUAGCGCUCAGCUCAAGGGUUUCCCUCUGUACCUGCACUCCAACCUCGGACUAAAGGACUAUCACAUCAACCCCAACGCCCCGCUGCUUUAUGUGACACGGGCCAAUGAGGUGGAGCAGGGGCCAUUGCCCGGAGACGACUGGACGGUCUUCCAGUCCAAUCACAGCACCUACGAGCCAGUUCUCCUGGCCAGCACGAAGUCAGCAGAGUUUAUCCCCCACCUGAGCACGCACAAAGCACUGCACGCAACCGUGGUCCAGGACCUCGGGUUGCACGAUGGCAUCCAGCGAGUCUUCUUUGGCAACAACCUCAACUUCUGGCUCCACAAGCUGAUUUUCGUGGACGCGAUUGCCUACCUUACAGGCAAGCGCCUGUGCUUGCCCCUGGACCGUUAUCUCCUCGUGGACAUUGACGACAUCUUUGUGGGGAAGGAAGGGACCAGGAUGAAAGUUGCGGAUGUUGAGGCAUUACUGAACACCCAAAACAAGCUGAAAACUCUGGUUCCAAAUUUCACGUUCAACCUCGGAUUCUCUGGGAAGUUCUACCACACAGGAGCCAAUGAGGAAGAUGAAGGUGACGACAUGCUGCUGAAACACAGGAAGGAGUUCUGGUGGUUCCCCCACAUGUGGAGUCACAUGCAACCGCAUCUGUUCCACAACGAGACGGUUUUGGCUGAGCAGAUGAAGCUGAACAAGCAGUUUGCACUGGAUCACGGUAUCCCGAUCGACAUGGGCUAUGCAGUGGCACCACAUCACUCAGGGGUAUAUCCAGUUCACAAGCAGCUAUAUGAAGCCUGGAAAUCCAUCUGGGGAAUUCGAGUCACCAGUACUGAGGAGUAUCCCCACUUGAAGCCAGCUCGAUAUCGCAGAGGGUUCAUUCACAAUGGUAUCAUGGUUCUGCCUCGUCAAACCUGUGGACUGUUCACACACACGAUCUUUUAUAACGAGUAUCCAGGAGGAUCCAAGGAGCUGGACAAAAGUAUUCGAGGCGGUGAGCUCUUCCUUACGGUGCUCCUGAAUCCG